AUGCUAAGCUCCCCCCUCCAGCUCUGCUCUCCCGCCGGUUCCAGCCCGAGUCACCGUGCCUUUCUCUCGGGCCCCUCUCCUCCCCCGCACGCCCUCGCGUUCGUGCCGGCGAGACUCGUGUCUCUCUCCACCUCGCCGUGCUCGUCUCUCGCUGCCGCUGCCUCUCUGGCGACGGUUCCCAUGCUUCUCCCCUUCCUUGCUGCCGACGAUCUCCGGGCGAGCGCCUGUCUCCGCCGCCUUCUCUUCCCCGCUGCUGCCGGACGAGAGGCGAGUGGAAUCCGCCGCUCACCCUCCUCUCCCAUUGCGCUUGCGGGCCAGACGUCCGUGCCUCCCCGCCGCGCCCCUCUUGCCGCUGGCCGCGCCUCUCUGAUGAGCUGGGCCCCUCCUCGCGUCCUUCUUCCCGCCGCCAGUGGUGGCUGGCUGCGCGUGGCUCGCCCUCCCAUCCUCCCUUGUGCAUCAGCUGCCUGUCCGGCGAUCGUGCGCCGUCUUCGCCCCAGCCCCCUUGUGCCUGGCGCCAGUCGACGCCGGCAUGCACGCCCCAGUCCCGCCGCUCCUGCUGACGCGACCUCUCCGCGCUCGGCGCUUCCGAUCCCAGCCGCGGGUUCCUCGCCGUCAUCUUCUCCGUUGGCGUCUUCGACCGCCCGUUCCAGGUUCGCUGCGUCCUCCUCUGCCUCUUCCUCGCCGGACGUCUCCCACGCUUCUUCCUUUUCUGCGGCCUCCCCUCCUUGGUUGGCGUCGAAUCGCUCGACGCCCUGCCAACGGCCCCUCUCAUCACGGCGGCGCCCGCGCUCUUCCGGCGAGCGGAACACUCCCACAGCGCGUCGUUGUGUGGAUCGCAAGGGCACAGAGCUGGGGCUGAGGGGAGGUCGAAUGGAUUACAUUCAGACAGAUGCAGCCAUCAAUGCGGGCAACAGCGGGGGGCCGCUGGUGAAUCUGGACGGGGAGGUGGUGGGCAUCAACAACAUGAAGGCGCUGGCAGCUGAUGGGGUCAGCUUCGCCAUCCCCAUCGACUCCGCGGUUCACAUCCUGGACCAGCUCUCCCGCCAUGGGAGAGUGGUGCGGCCAUUCGUGGGCAUCAAGAUGUUGGAGCUCAACGCCUCCAUUGCAGCACAGCUGAGGGACAGAGACCCCUCCUUCCCCCCGGUCGAUGCCGGCAUUCUCGUCCCCCAGGUGACUUGCUGUUAUGGGGCCACGUGGGCUCAGGUGAUUCCUGGGUCGCCUGCAGCCAGGGGUGGGUUACAGCCAGGUGAUGUGAUAGUGGAGUUUGCAGGGCAGCCAGUGACCUCUUCCCGCCAGGUGCUGGACUUGCUGGGAGAUAAGGUGGGCGUGAAGGUGCCCCUCGUUGUCAAGAGGGCACAUGGGAAGACAGUCACACUCACUAUUGUCACAGAGGAGGCCACACCUGACAUGUGA